AUGUACUCACAUCUUGAGGCUGCUGGCAAUGUACUCACCAACCCUCACUGCCAGGCACAGACACUACCAGUCGGUUCGCAGUCCCCAAUUCCCCACAAGGGCCACAUCUUCAGAAAAGAAAAAAUCGAUCGCCUUCUUGAGCCUCAAAUAAUCGUGAACUUCGUUCAAUUUGCAUUCGGAAGCGCACUUCCAAAUGGCAAGCAACCCACCGUUGAAUAUCUCAAAGCGGAGGAAAUUUCUCUCUUCGACCAACAGCAGAACUUCCCCCCUGGCACCUAUGGGGAAUCCAUAAUUAACCGCGUCAUGGGCCGCAUUGGCUCCGACGAAGACUUCACGCGUCUCUGCCAGAUCGGGAAAAACCUCCAGUUCCUCAAGUCCCGUCUAUUCUCAGGGAUAAUCCCACUGAGCGAGCAGCUAUGGCAAGAAAAGGGGCUCGACCAGCGGAAUAAUUUCGACGCCGCGUGUCAACAUCUCUCUUCCGUGCUUGGCGUGUUUCAGUAUCUGAACGCGCGAGAAGUCCGCUUACAUCUCCGGGACACGUUCAACCACAUCUACGAUAUCUGGGCAUUGCUCGAUACUGUCCUGAACGAAAGCCGAGCGGCGAAGAAUGAACCGCUCGUAAGUAUCGCAGGUCUCUGGACCAUAUACAUGACUGCGCACUUCGAGAUGAUGACCGAGCGCGCCCACAGAUGGGUUAUCGUCCAUGUCAACGCCCUGAGAGCUCCAUUGAUGCAGACAUUGCGCCAACACCGACCGACAGAUGGUGGAAAUAGGCCAGACGCUUUGCAAUGGCAGAUCACGAACUCGCUUCAGGUUCUUGCAGAGACUGCCGCUUGCGCGGACUUUACUAUCUGCAUCCCCAUGAAUGAUUACAAGGGAUACACUCUUCGGCGAACAGGGUCGGAUCUGCAUGCGGCGGAUCUUGAUACGCGCGCCAAGGCAUAUCAUCGACGGCUUAAAUUGGUUACCCGGGAAUUUCUUUAUCGGAAUGUGCUUGAGGGGAAUACGUCUGCGGAUUCCGAGGGAGAGUCUUAUUACCAAACUUCGAUGUCCCAGGUUCACGCUCAGGAUCAAUUGAGGAGAGAGAUGCGCGGUGCGCCGAUUGAGCCUGUUCCAUGUGAACCUUGGAUUUCUAGCUUUGCGUCAAGGAUUGAAUCGGGUGUGGAGGAGGGGACGGAGACGGGAAUUGAGGAAAGACAGGAAAGGGCUGAAGAGAAGGCAGAGGUGAAAUACGGGUUUGUCGUGUAUCGAUUGACAUACGGACAGACGGACUCCGAAUGGGAUAACUUCGUUCGUAAGCUGGAAGCACACGUCUCCGACUGGGGUAAAGGCCAAACAGGAAGCGGUGCUAUCAAGGAACAUCUGAAACUCCAUUGGUUGGAUGGGAAAGAGCUGAAUAUUGCCGAGGGCGAUAUCGUGGCAGCCAAGCACUUGACGAAUGCCAGCGAGAGUGGCGACUGGUCAGACAUCGAGGACGGGGUUUUCCUCGUCGUUGACGCCGCCUCCUUUGCCUCGUACACCACCGACUCAUACGGUCCCGCAACAUCCUUACUCAACCCCGGCGACUUCACUGGGUUUCUCCUCGCCGUCGACGGCUCCUUCGACCCGGUAGAAGGGAUUGAACGACCCGACGAGUCGCCAGGCUACAGUGGCCAGAUGCGCAUCCUCGGAAGCCUUAUCUGGGGCGACCUCUACUCCCUGCUCUCAUCUCAAACAGCACGUCUCGAGGAUAUCUGGCCUUUGGCAAUUGAACACCCGAAUCUGGUAUAUGUCGGCCCGACCAUCCCGCUGCAGCGGCUUGCCUGGAGAGAGCAUAACGAUACACGCUGGCCUCUCGUUCGGGCGGUGGUAGAUUAUGUGAAGGGAAAACUGGGUCAGUGA